AUGCUGUGGGUGGACGUGUCCUCACAGAACAAACCUGAAGAGCUCCAUGUGUCGUGUCUGGUGGGCCGGCUCUGCGUCCUCCCCUGCACACUCCCCUCCUCUGCUCUACAGUGCCUCCAGUGGUUCAAACAGGACUCUCUGAUCCUGAACCUGAGCUCAGAGCUGCAGCCUCAGCCCGCACCCUCCGACCCGCUCUCCGGCCGGGCCACGCUGUCCCGUGCAGACCUCUCCAGGGGAAACGCCUCUCUGCUGGUGAGAGACAGCGCCCCCAGAGAUCGGGGGCGGUACCGGUGCAGGGUGAAGACGGCGGCCGGAGACCAGGACCAGGACGUGAUUGUCAAGGUGCAAGCUCCGAUCCGCUCCCUCUCCGUGGAGCUGUCUCGUCUCAGUGGGUAUGAGGAGGUGAAAUGCUCUGUGCGUCACGUGUUCCCGCCCCCUCGGGUCACAUGGUCCACGGAGCCCCCCACCUUCCAGGACCUGCGGCCCCUGACCAGGAAGCAGCUGGAGGACUCGGGUCUGUAUGCCGUGGAGAGCCGGCUGCGCACCAUGGGCCAGGGGGAGCGCGUCUACGUCUGCACCGCCACCAGUCCUUAUGGAGGAGAGAGCUGGAGCGCCUCCUACAGGCACAGAGACGUACGAGGAGUGGAAGGAGCAGACCUCACCCUCCCCUGCUUUUCGCCCUCCUUCCUGAACGCCCGCACUCUCUCCUGGACCUUCUCUCACAGCAACUCCUCCUCACACAUCCUGACCUACCGCGUGGACUCGGGUGAGGCCACGUCUGCCCCGGAGUGGAGCGGACACGCCGAGCUGGACGGGUACCGGGUCCAGCUCGGGGACGGCUCUCUGCGUCUGAUGGACACGAGCGAGAAGCACACGGGACGCUACUCCUGCGUCUUCUCCAGCGAUCGCAACAGCCACACUGAGAGGCUGGAGGUGACUGUCACGGGGACAGGGAAGCACAGUUCCCCAGAGCAGCCCUCGUACUGGUGGCUGGUGGGGCUCCUGGUGGGGCUCCUGGUGCUGACCCUGGUGGUCCUGUUAGUGUACAACAAGAUCAGAGGAGGAUUGUCAAAGCCCAAGUCUGACGCAGAGGAGGCUACAGAGCUGCAUCCUGUCAAAGGCGCAGACAGCACGCCGUCCACCGGGGGCAGUAACGAGCCGUCCACACUCUCAUGA